UCGAAUACCGAUACAGUGCUAAGGGAGAGUUAGUAAGCGACAACACUUUAUUUUUCUGCGUAUCUGAUCAUAAAGUGUCGAAAGAAAGUCCUUGUUGAAAUUUUCGAAUCGAGACUUCAGCAGUAAAUAAAUUCUGAAUUAUAUAUGUUUCGCCUUUUUACGAUAGUGACGGUGCUCUUUAUGACGACUGACGCACAAUUGCACAGGACUUCAUUACAUAAGAUGGAUUCCAUUCGAGAAUCUUCGAAAAACGUUGGCACCAACUUGCAAGAAAUUCUUUCGUUAAGUGAUAAUCUUCCUUCAAUACGUUUGACCAAUUUUAAAAACAUUCAUUAUUAUGGCUCUGUUAAAAUUGGAACUCCACAGCAAAAAUUUAAAGUGAUAUUCGACGCUGGUUCCAAAGAUCUUUGGAUACUCUCCAAAAAAUGCACGCACCCUAUUUGUUGUAAUUCGUUGAUUUCAAAACAUAAUCAAUAUGAUAAUACAAGAUCCAAAACAUACAAUGAUAUAAGAAAUAGUAAAAAUUCUUAUCAUCCAGAUUUUUAUUCAUUUUAUAAAUAUUUUUAUGUAUCAGGAAAUGUAGUAAUUGAUACUGUGAAUGUUGCCAACCUCAAUAUAGAGAAUCAAACAUUUCUAGAAGCGAUAGAUAUAAUUGACAAAAGUGGGACUGUCGACAAUAUGUGUGUACGAACAUUUGAUGGUAUCUUUGGCCUGAGAUCUCUUGAUUAUUUUAUUAUUAUAAUCAAUGAUAAUAGAAUGACGCCUCUCUUUGAUAACAUUAUUGAACAAGGUCUAGUGUCAUCACGCAUUUUCAGUUUUUAUCUAAAUAGAAACACUUCAGCCGAUUUAGGUGGCAAACUGAUAUUCGGUGGUUCCGAUCCUGCUUGUUACGAAGGAGAUUUUACAUAUAUUCCCGUUACUAGCAAACAAUACUGGCAAUUUACCAUUGAUAGUAUCCAAAUGAAUGAUAUUACUUGGUGCCUGGGAGGCUGCGAAGCUAUCGUUGAUACAAAUGCUUGGCAAAUAACUGGACCACAAUCAGAUAUUUCAAAUAUUUAUAAUUUUACUGAAACUAAUCCACAAGGAAUAGUGAACUGCGAUCGAAUUUUUCAAUUGCCUACAAUCGGGUUUAUUUUGGAUGGUAAAGCAUUCGAUCUUGCCGGUAAAGAUUACAUCAUUCGGCAUCCAGAUAAUGAAAGUAUAUGUAUAACCAUCUUCUACAAACAAGACAUAGUUGAAAAUAAAAAAUGGGUUCUGGGUAUUCCAUUUAUUGGCCGUUAUUACACCGAGUUUGAUAUGGAGAAGAACCGAGUGGGAUUUGCUUUGGCAAAAAAUUCAUCGAAACAUAUAGAAAAUAUUUCUUUGUCACCAUUUAUUGAUAGUAACUACACCGAGUUUGACAUAGAGGAAGACCGAGUGGGAUUUGCUUUUGCGAAAAAUUCAUCGAAACAUAUAGAAAAUAUUUCUUCGUCAUCAUUUAUUGAUAGUAACUACACCGAGUUUGACAUAGAGGAUGACCGAGUGGGAUUUGCUUUGGCGAAAAAUUCAUCGAAACAUAUAGAAAAUAUUUCUUCGUCACCAUUUAUUGAUAAUAACUACACCGAGUUUGACAUAGAGGAAGACCGAGUGGGAUUUGCUUUGCCGAAAAAUUCAUCUAAACAUAUAGAAAAUAUUUCUUUGUCACCAUUUAUUGAUAGCAACUACAACGAGUUUGACAUAGAGGAUGACCGAGUGGGAUUUGCUUUGGCGAAAAAUUCAUCCAAACAUAUAGAAAAUAUUUCUUUGUCACCAUUUAUUGAUAGUAACUACACCGAGUUUGACAUAGAGGAUGACCGAGUGGGAUUUGCUUUGGCGAAAAAUUCAUCCAAACAUAUAGAAAAUAUUUCUUCGUCACCAUUUAUUGAUAGUAACUACACCGAGUUUGACAUAGAGGAAGACCGAGUGGGAUUUGCUUUUGCGAAAAAUUCAUCGAAACAUAUAGAAAAUAUUUCUUCGUCACCAUUUAUUGAUAGUAACUACACCGAGUUUGACAUAGAGGAAGACCGAGUGGGAUUUGCUUUGCCGAAAAAUUCAUCGAAACAUAUAGAAAAUAUUUCUUUGUCACCAUUUAUUGAUAGCAACUACACCGAGUUUGACAUAGAGGAUGACCGAGUGGGAUUUGCUUUGGCGAAAAAUUCAUCCAAACAUAUGGAAAAUAUUUCUUUGUCACCAUUUAUUGAUAGUAACUACACCGAGUUUGACAUAGAGGAAGACCGAGUGGGAUUUGCUUUGGCGAAAAAUUCAUCGAAACAUAUAGAAAAUAUUUCUUCGUCACCAUUUAUUGAUAGUAACUACACCGAGUUUGACAUAGAGGAAGACCGAGUGGGAUUUGCUUUGCCGAAAAAUUCAUCUAAACAUAUAGAAAAUAUUUCUUUGUCACCAUUUAUUGAUAGUAACUACACCGAGUUUGACAUAGAGGAAGACCGAGUGGGAUUUGCUUUGGCGAAAAAUUCAUCUAAACUUAUAGGAAAUAUUUCUUUGUCCCCAUUUAUUGAUAGUAACUACACCGAGUUUGACAUAGAAAAAAACCGAGUGGGAUUUGCUUUACCGAAAAAUUCAUCGAAACAUAUAGAAAAUAUUUCUUUGUCGCCAUUUAUUGAUAGUAACUACACCGAGUUUGACAUAGAGGAUGACCGAGUGGAAUUUGCUUUGGCGAAAAAUUCAUCCAAACAUAUAGAAAAUAUUUCUUUGUCACCAUUUAUUGAUAGUAACUACACCGAGUUUGACAUAGAGGAAGACCGAGUGGGAGUUUCUUUGGCGAAAAAUUUAUACAAACAUAUAAAAAGUAUUUCUUUGUCACUAUUUAUUGAUAGUAACUACACCGAGUUUGACACAGAGAAAGACCGAGUGGGAUUUGCUUUGUCGAAAAAUUCAUCGAAAUGUAUAGGAAAUCAUUCAUUGUCACCUUUUAUUGUAUACUUUAUCAUCAAAUUUUUAAAUUAUUGGUUUAGUUUUCGAUAGCAAAAAAACUGAAUGUUUUUUAUUCGCCAAAACACAAGCUACAAGGUUAACAUAUUAUCAAUGUAAAUUUUUGCGUAAUAUGUACAUUGUGCCUUAAUUUUCAACAGCAAUCCUUUAUCGUAAAGAAGCUGAAAUAAGCUUAUUACUAAUUAGAAGCGAAUUUUUGCGCAGUGUAAUUUGCUAAAUUCAUUGUUGCAUGACUAUCUAGUCGAUAUAAUCAGUCUAUCUUUAUAUACUAUAUAUUAUAUAUAUUAUCAGUAAGAUAUAGUCAGUCUUUAUCAGACUAUCUAUUCUUUCGGAACGCUGAUGUUUCUUUCAUUGUGAUUCUUAAUCAUUCACACAUUUAAUAAUUUAUUUUAAUACAAUUUGUUUUAGUUAUAAAACAAAAUAUUAAAUAAAAUAUUUUUAAAUUUUAUUAUUCGAUGGGACGCAUCGAUAACACGGAUAUGUUUUGAAUGCACGCGAUUAUAUAUAUAAUAGUUGCUAAAUGUCGAUAAACGAGAGCUCUAAGAAUCGAAUGCAAUUUAUUUUUUAUGUCUUUUUGUCCAGUCACAACGAAAGAUAGAAAGAAACUUGCUAGAAAGAUAGAAUGAAAUUUGCCAUAAAUUUCAAACGCAUAUUACGCUUUCUCGUGGUGACUGUGAUGUUGAUCGACGCGGAAAUCCAAAGCUAAAUU